AUGGAUAAGAAAAAAAGUAAAAAACCUGGGCGUAUAGGUAAAAUGAUUAAUGAAUUUUACAUAAAUUGGAAUUAUAGAAGACAUAGUUGGAGAGCUAGUUUUUAUUAUAAUUGUUUAACAACUAUAGCUGCUUUUAACAUUAUAUUCACUUUAAUAUUUCAACAAUUUAUCAAAUCUUUCAAUUUUUUUAUAAAUUAUUCGUGUGAAUAUGCAAGUAUUAAUUUUAUGUUAACGGAUUUAUUAAUUUUUCUUAUUUUAACUAGCUUCAUAAGUAUUUUAGCCUUUUUUUUAUCUAGAAUUUGUUCAAUAUUUUCAAAUUUCACAAUUAACGAUUUUAUGUCACUAGGAAAAUGGAUUAAAAGAAUUGGUUGCACUGCCAAGUGGUUUCCUUGGGUGCUAGCAAUCCUUUUUGUUUUAUGGUUUAUUAUAAAUUUAUUUAAUUUAAUUACUCUAUAUGUCACCCCAAGUUUGUGGUGUAAGAAGCGUUUAAAUGUCACAGGCACAUUUGUAGUAAACAACUGUAGAAUUUUUGAGGGUAAAAGAACAGCUUGCACGAAUAUAGUAGCAGAACAAAGAGGAAACGCAAAUAUAACUUAUAUUCGUAAAUGUAAUGACCUCAAUUAUUUAAAAAACCAUAAUUAUUUUAUAUUUAUUCCAGAUUUUAGAAAAGAAAACUAUAAGCAAUGUAAUUUUAAUAAUUUAAAAGUUUGCAUAGCAUAUAAAGAUUUAAGAAAUGAUCGAUUUGCUUCAGAAAAAGCAAAAGCCAUGAAAAUGGAAGGAUGUCUAGAAAAUAUUCCAACAAAUAUAGAAGAAUUUUAUGAUAAAGACAUUCAAACUAGUGAUUUAUAUAAGUAUGCUCAAAUAUUUACAAUAGGUAGUAAUGUAACAUUCUUUCUUCUUAUGUUUUUUUUUUAUUUUAUUAAGUGUACAACGCAAUUUGAUGGAUUAUUUUAUCAAUCAGCAGAUAAUUCUGAAAUUUUUAUAUUACAAAUUUUACGUCCUUUAACUCCAUGGAGUUAA